AUGCGUGAAGUGGGAAUUGUAUUUGAAUGUUUUAACUGUGGGACCUAUUUUGUCAACACUGUCAAGUUGAUAGAUCUUGCUGAUAAUAGAGGAAAGAAAGGAAAGGAUAUCUUGACUGAAACGUACAUAUCUGUACAGAAAUAUUACGAGCAAUUCAACAACAGAUAUCAAUUAUGUAUUUGUCCAACAUGUAAUGAGCUGAUAUAUAAUGUAAAAUAUCAAGACAUGCUCGUGUCCGUGGAUCAUCCUUGCAUUUUGAGUCUUUGUAGAGCUUUUAAAUUUCUCCAGGAAGAAGAGCAGCCUCCGUUAAGCACCAUGCAGAAAAGUUACUCGAACAUUGGAAGCAGCACUGACAACAGUGGUGACGCUUUUCUGGCAACGACAUCUCAAUCGAACUCUCAACCAAAUGAUUUAAUUGAAUUAUUCGAACAAACAUCAAUCCAAGGCAAUGAUUACACGAAAAAAGAAGAAAAAUCAAAGAAGCAGCAUUCCAAAAAGAAAGAACAAGUUGAGGAUGAAUCUUUGCUUAAUUAUGAUCCUGAUGUAGGCGUACCGCUCUUCAUGGAUGUAAGCACAGGUCAAACCAACAAGCAAAAGUGGGAAUUAGUGUUUGGAGUUGGCCCUCAAAGACUUGAGCUUGAUUCUUCUCGUUCUGGAAGGUUGUACAUGCCUUCUUUGAAAUCCCUUCAUUUACCUCACAUCACUACUCAGUUAUUCAAAAUGAAAGAAGAACAAUCACCAAAACAGCUCGAAGAAAUUUGUAACAAGAUUUCUAAACUUUGUUUGUUGCCAGAGCCACAACUUGGUGAGGUCAUUGAUCAAAUACUCAUUCCUAAUAUUCCACUUUUCGAUAAUUAUGACAAAGUUUCAAAAUUGCUCGACCAUCACUUGGAAGAAAUUGAUCAUCGUAUUGAAUUGGAGCAACAAGAAGAAGCAUUGCAACUUAAGGCUUACUCUAAGAAAUCAUUGAAAGAUGUUUUGGACACAAAGAAGUGA